AUGGCCGCUCUCGCCAGCUCCCUCAUUCGCCAGCGCAGGGAGGUCAAGGACCCCCAGGCAAACCGGCAGAUCGCCAGCAAGCGCAAGCCCUGCCCAAAGAGCAACAAGUCACUCUGCCAGAAGCAAAUCCUCAUAUUAAUAUCAAAGGUUCGACUAUGUGGCAGUCGAGGGAGAAAAAUGGAAAAAAGACCAGGUGAGUUCCCUCCACCACCACCGCCUCCAUCGCGUAAGGGUGGUCUCAAUGAACCCCAGCUGAAGGGCAUCGUCACGCGGCUUUACUGCAGACACGGCUUCUACCUCCAGAUGCUGCCGGAUGGCACCAUGGAAGGCACAAAGGACGAAAGCAGCUCCUUCUUGCAGUUCAACUUGAUUCCUGUGGGGCUCAGGAUAGUGGCCAUCCAGAGCACCAAGACAGGGCUCUACGUUGCCAUGAACAGCGAGGGCUACCUCUACACUUCGGAACACUUCACGCCGGAGUGUAAGUUUAAGGAGUGUGUUUUUGAAAACUACUACGUCACCUACUCGUCCAUCCUGUACAGACAGACCCAGUCGGGCCGGGCGUGGUACAUCGGUAUCAACCGAGAUGGACAGGUCAUGAAAGGGAACCGAGUCAAGAAGACAAAGGGAGCUGCGCACUUCCUGCCCAAACUCAUUGAAGUGGCCAUGUACAGGGAGCCCUCUCUACAUGACGUCGCUGAGCAGAGUCCACCCAGGAAAACACCCAAGACCUCCAGUGACUCACCUGUGCUGCAGAAUGGCAAGAAGGACCCUCAAUCCAAAACCAAAACCUCCUCCUCCUAGCGCUCAAAGACUCAACGGGUGGAGGACAUGGGGCACUGGGCGCCAGUGGACACCUGAACAGGAUUGUUAGGGCUACCCCCCACCUGCUGCCUGCAACACUGACCCCCUGGGAACUCUUAAUACCACAAUACACUGGACUAAAGUUGGAGAAAAAAGGAGCAGGUCCAGGCAGAGUGGAGCUGGCCAUUGGGAAGCCCCUUUUACCUUCACAGAUCCCCAUCCACACCAGCCCCUCUACCUUAUUAUUUAAUAACCUCUGUGAUUAUCAAAGCCUGGGAUUUAAAAGCAAUAACUCCAUGAAGAGGUGAACAGUCUCCUAGCAUCAUAUAGCAUGUCACCACAGCGUGUGUAACCUGCUGGAAGAAAAUCCCACUCAUCUUUUAGCCGUCAUCAGCAGCACCCUUCCAGUCAACCAAAUAUCCGAGCAAAGUCUUCCUGGUUUUACCACAACGGGUGCGGCGGUCAAAUCUGUCCCUCUGCAGCACACACUUUACAAAUGGGUUGUGUUUUUAUUUCCCCACAGGGUUCCAUGCUAAUGUUAGCCUGACACAGACACUGUCACAGAGACCCUUGCAGACUUUUGUUCUGCAGCCAUCUGCUCAGUCCACAUCUUCUGUGUGUCAGCAACUUUGCGAGAUGGCCUGGAUAUUUGUCAGCCCUGCUUGUGUAUGUUUGUGUGUGUGUGUGUUCCCUUCUUCCAUCCACCUUUGAUUUGAUUAGUUUGUGACACAGACUCAAUUUUCCACUCUGCGGCACAAGAAAACCCCUCCUGUCCUCUUUGGCUCUGUUAAUGGAGUCUGGGGCAUAAUCAUUCGCCCCUCAAACGAGGGGCCGAGAGCUCCCUCUGCACAUUACACACACACACACACACACACACACACACACACACACACACACACUCAUUAUUACACUGACAUUUACAUACACACACGCGCAAAGGUGUAUGUGUUGUGCACACACUUUAGCGCCCUGAUAUCUAUGAGCAACGACCACAGAAAAUUAUGUCACGACUUAACAUACUUAACACACGCACUCACAAAUGCACACACACGCCGACAUGGUGGCGAGUGUGAAUGCAGGUUGUGGGAGAUGAUGAGGAUAUCAUCAGUGUGAUGGGGUACUGAUGGAGCCUGACUGUGUAGCUUGGCACUGUAAUUGGUUUUUUUCACUGUGGCUGGCCAUGCAUUGCACAAACCCACAAGGCCCACACAGUAUCUGUGGACCCUCUUUCACUCAAUGUGGUAUUCUUGUCUAAAAAAACAGGAAUAUGUUUAUUUUUACAUCCCUAUUGUGCUAAUUCUGAUGAAUUUUAAAAAAUAUAUAACAAUUUCUUUAGAUUCCAUGACACCCCAUCACUGUCCCCAUGCAAGAAACAUUUUACAGUUUUGUCACUGUAAGUAGUUUUUAAAGGGGCACUCCACACAUUUCACAAGUCAUGGGAAAUACUUCUCAGCCUACAGUUGUAUAGUGUUUUUCCGUGGAGAGAGGAGAGAAAAUGACUCAAUUGACAGCACUUGAGUAACGCAGGGUUAGGACUGAAGAAAGCUAAAUUUCCAGGCUUGGGAGACAGAACUCUAGUGUGGAGUUAGAGAGAUGUGGGUAUUUACCAGGCAGUGUCCAAUGAAAUAUGCCAUCAAACUGCUCUAUAGGGAGUGUAAGAUCCAGUAUUUUUUUUUAAGCUUGACCCAUACUAGGGAGUAAAAGUCACAGUAUCUUGACGUCUGCUGCAUGGAUCUUGACCGUCCUUUUUUAAAUAUGUCUCUUGAAAUUCCCCCAACUUUUUUUUGUUAAUCUUUUUCUAAACUUGUUCAGAUGAAUUACCAUAAAUAUAUCCUGGACACUUUGGUUAUGAUGCAAAGGAAUUCAGGCCUUUUUUACUUGUCAGUUCAAUGUCUUAUAUAUGUACUAUAACGAUUGAAACUUAAUAUAUUAUGAUUAAUGUGACUGUUUUGUGAGGUGGGAAAAUAACCAAAGUCAUAAAUAAAUAAGUAGAUAGCUGUGGCCAGGGCUGUUUCUAGCUUUUCGGGGGCCCUAUGCAAGAAGUUGUUUGGAGGACCCUCUUUUGUUAAACUAUGGUCGGGGGGGUUCCAAACCCUCUGAGGUUUCCAGUCAUAGUAUCCAUAUAAAAGUGCAAAUGAUAAAAGCACAUAGCAUACCAAUAAUAUAUAUUUGUCGUUAAUGUGGAACUAUAAACAUGUAACAAUAAGCCCUCUUCAUGAAAAUUUUCGGUCUGUUUCUUGUGAGGUCCAGUGGAGUCAGCUCAUCCAAAGACUUCUAGAGCCAGCUCCUUACCAACAAUGCCAUCUUUAUUUCCAAUUCUUACUGUGCUGCAGAGCUCGUCACACUGGUUGGAAAAUGCCUCACCAUCCAAUUCAAAAGUCAAGCAGCACUCCAAAUCUGGCUCGCAAGUCACCCAGUGUUUCACACCUUUCCUUUAAUGACUCAGUGGUGUAGUAAUAGUCUCUUCAUGGCAUCUCGGACAGGCUUGUCUGGGGCUUCAUGGUGUUUCCUUGCGUGUCUAAUCUUCUUUAAGUACAGCCUACAUAUUCAUCUCCUCACUUUUGUGUUUAGCAGAGGAGCGGCAAAGCCAGUGUCUCUGUAUCUUGUCAGCGAGACUGUUCAUUAAGAGGCCUUCAGACCGCAGGAGCUUGCUCACGUGGUUUACUUGGUUUAGGAUAUCAUACCAUACCACUGUGCACAUAUGGAAAAGGUUAUGACUGAAACUAUUCUGCCAAAGCUUGUGCUUCAACCUUGGUCAGGGUAUCUGUGGCUUGACCUCCAACAGUGCCUCCCUUCUGUUAUGGGCCUGGUACCACACAGCGUCGAUGCUGUGGAGCUGUUGACACAGCUCUACCGCCUCAUUGCUCUCCAGGAUUUCAGUGUCAAAGUCAUAUGGUCGUUUAAGAUUGCCCAUUGUUGUGGUGCUGCUGAUGGUAUCUGCAGACCCUUUUGCUGCAUCAGCCACCAUAAAAUUCAAUGUAUGCGCCCCGCAUGGAACAUUAACUGAGCAAGGAUUUUUUCUCCAGCAGUCUUGCUUGAACACGUUUGUUCUUCCCCUUUAUAUUGGCCCCAUUGUCGUGCGACUGUCCUCUGUAUUUGUCAAAAGGAAUGUUUAGCUACUCAACCCUGUUCAGAAUCAAAGAUAAGAAACCAAGAACUGUUGUUCGGAAAGCCACAAGUAAUCCUAGAAAGUGUUGCUUGAUUUGCAUGCUACGUCCACUCUGAGAGUCCCUACCGAUAUUUGCCCUUGGUGGCAUUGGUCGGGAGUGCAGUUACCAUUGCGUUCUACAUUUUGUAUAUAGAGGUGAUUGAAGCAAUCACCUCUAUUUGGAUCACAUUUCCAAAGUAGCUGGAAUGACUGAACUGCCCACUCUCCGCACGAUCAAUGUGCUGCUUCAUGACAGCAUCAAAUUUGGAAAGCAUCUCCUAAGAAGUUUCCAUUGUGUUGCUGGUGUAACGUGUUUGCAGACACCCUCAAUGCAAGAUUUUUUUCUGCUAGAGAUUGUGUGAUAGAGAUCAAGCGGGUAAGGACAUCUCUCUGCCUGUUUGUAGACGCAGUUCCAAAUCCUUCUGUGUUUCCAUGCGGGUUGUGUGUCCAUCAUUUUUUCACGAGUACGUAAGCCAGAUCCGCGUUAUCUUUUCCCAAUUAACUAAUUUCCUCUAUAGACAAUGUUGAUGGAAGCUGCCUGUCUUGACUGAUUCUGACAGAACUGAGGGACAAUCACCUGAGUCAAUUGGUUGAACAAAAGAAGGGUGUGGUGCUCGUGAGUCCGCAGUUGCUGAAGAUAGACUUAGUGCUUGUCUGUCAGUAGGUAGUGAAGAUGGACUUGGUUUCCCCUCAUUAGCGGAGAUGUCUGGCUCUGUUUGGGCUGGCCAAACUAUUUCAGACUGACAAAGUUUCUUAAGUUAAUCAACACAGUUUAUCAACAAGUAUUAUUCAUAUUGUAAUACCACAUACGUAUACAUUACAGUGUCCCUUACACAUCAGACUUUAUAUCCACUACAGUUAACACAGGACUAGACUUGUAGCUUAAGGCACACCAUUUGAACACGGCUCGCUAUCACUCUCUACUGGAGGCGCUGCAAUUUAUCAUUAUCUGUCAACACACACAGCCCAAACACUGCAAUCCACAAGCCACCAACUCAAAGUGAGAAGAAUUAUUUGACUAUACUGCAUUAAAGGAUUCUGGAGAUUUCCCCAGCUACUCCCCCUCCCCACACUAACCCCAAACCCCUAAAAUUAGACAAUGUGGCAACUAUUUAAAAAUAUACUAAUGCUUGGACAGGACCCAGCUAACGUUGCUCUAGUGGACCUUAUUUUAGUUAGACCCCUCCAUCCCCACCCUACUUGUUAGCCUAGCUGUGUGCACAGCAGCAAAGGCACAUUGGCUAACUAAUAGGUGAAAUACAAUAUACACUGGUCAACAAUAGGACCUCAAUCAUUGAGUGAUGGUCUUAUGAUGACUUUGUUGACACAGACACAGCUCCCCUAUCCAUCACAGCAUCUUAAUAAUAACGUUUAUAGAUUUUUGGAUAUUUAGGGUUAGGGUUCACUUAACACAUGAGGGUGCUUGGCUACACCCGGUCAUUUUAAUUAAAACACAAUUUAAAAAAUCAAUAAAGAGGCUAAAAUGGUAGCUUAAGGGCCUCCCUGGUGGCUUCGGGGGCAUGGUCCGCAUAUAGCAAGAAACUGUCCUGGCUAUAGCACAUCAAAAGGAUGAUGAUUCUAAAAAAGGAGAUGGAAAGAUAGAUAUUUACUGUGAUUUAUUUGAUUUGACAUUUUUGUGUUUCUCUGAUGGACUCUCCUGGUAAAUGAAACUAUUUUUUUGAUAAUAUUUCACUAUUCUUGUUUUUAUGUGUUUCAAUUUGUUCUUCCCAUUCAACACGAAAAGCAAUCAUUUUUAAUAUGAAACUUUGUUGGUACAAUAUGCCAUGCAGGGUAAUUGUUUCUGCCUAAUGUUGAUGUAUUGUGGGAAGCGAGGGGGUGCUGUGUGUUCAGGAGGCAGAGGCUAUGAUCAGGGCUCAGAGAGACAUACGCACCAAAGAUGUUUAAUAAUUUGUGGUGAUGAGCAAAAGAAAAAGAGUUUUAUGAGAGAACUGCAGUAAUGUGGAGAGUGUUCCCUGAACAUGCACACACACACACACACACACACACACACAUUUGCACACACUUCUCAUUUAAUGCAUAAUCCUCUGCUCCCCUGUAACCUGUGGUUGUAAAUAAUAAUAGCUGAUAACCAGUGAAGAAAAGAGGCGAGCUUUGAAGCAAAGUGAUCUGCCAACUGAGAGAUGAAGCAAACUUCACCUGUGCUUUUCUGAAGAGAGAAAGACAACAGUUGAGAAGAAUGAAAAGAGGUUGUUAGAAGGGAAAGAUAGGUGAAAGGAAGUAAGGAUGGAUCAAAAGUAGAACAAAUAAAUUAAAGUGAGGAAUAAAGAAAAGAAAGUUACAGUUCAGUGAAUUGCAACCCAUUAUUUUUAUUUAUUAUUCAACACAAGCUACAGUUCAAACCUCAAUUGCACACUAAAGACCUUAAUUAAAUUGUUAAAUAGACCCUCAGGUUGUUGUGUAUGACCAUUCACCCCCAUGGAUCUUUAAAUCCAGAACCAAAUGUUUGAGUACUAUUCGCAAAGUAAUUACACAAAUAUUUAAUUAAGUGAGGCUCCUGCCUGCUAGAAUAGAAUGAAGACUGUCUGGGACAAGAUAGAGAGAUCCUGUGAGAUGGGAGGAAAGGAGGAAUUCAGCAAGCAGACAUAGCCAUGACUUCUGUGAUAUUUACUUUAAGGGCUGUGAAAUCUUUGUUGCAAUAUUUUCUCAAGUAUGCGCCAUAUUUGUUGUUUUCAGAAUUCGAGUCUGAAUAGAAAGAAAGAGCUGUGAAGGAGAGUUAAGGGCUAACAUUUUAGUUCAAGCUAUUAAUGUGGACUGUGAAAAUAAUGAUGUAAUUAAUGUAAUUAUGUAAUUUAGAUAAAAUUCAGAUAAGAGAUAUGUAACAUCCACUGAUUUUACACAUGAAAGUCACUUUACAACAGUUGUAAAAUUUCUUCUGUGGCUCCGGAAUGAGCUUUGUACAGGUGUGCUCAGACAGAAAGUGAAGCAAAUUUUUGCCUUUCUCGUUACUUGCACAAAUUUUACCACUGUUACUGUACUUGCUAUACUUAUGUUAGCUGUAAGCUGUAUGUUAGCUGUAAGCUAGCUAGCAACCGACCGCGUCUGCGGUAAGUGCGUGCCUGUUAUUUUCUGUGAUUUACCUCCAGUCUCUCUCCUUUAUUUUCCUUUUUGUGCUUAAGUAGAAACAUUUUUAUCUUGCAUCAUGCAUCUAAAAUUCGCCUUGCCAUCAAGUUUGGAUUGAGCUCAAAUGUUUUAACAGGUAUGGGGAUUCAAAUAAGUGAGCAUUUAGGGGGCAUGGAGGGUCUAAUGAAAGAUGAGUUGCUUAGUGGGAAAUGUAGGAUCCAGCAUUUCUGGAGCAUGACUAUGUGGAUACAUCGGCCCUCCGCUGCUAUAACUUUCACUAUUCUUUUUCAAGUCCCCAAACUUUAUGGAAGUGGAAUACUAAAUUGCUUGGUGGUCCCUUUAAAGCUAAAAAGUAUUUUAAAUUAUUUUCUGUUGGUGCGUAUGCUUGUACAGAUGCAAAAAAUGAUCGCACACGAGGUGGCAUUUCUAGAUAAGAGGACACGCAUAUAGACUUCAUUUGUUUGUGGUACGUGUAGGUCUACAAUCAUCUCAUUUCCUGCCUCAAACUCUGUGUUUAAGUGACUUUAAACUUUAGCCACAAGAAUCAAGAGUCUAUUAAACCAAGCCAUCAGAUCUCAUGACUGAGCGUCAGUCAACACUGACAUCUAGUGAUGGAUUCGUAUCUCAGUUAACACACUAUGAGUGAACAGUACAAAUGAUCCAUCAGCGACUUAUAGUUGCAUCGGCCAUUAGUAUGCAACUAUGCAUCAUCUGUUCAUUGUGCCACUGUAGAAAAUGCUGAUAGAUUAGCUUUUUUAUUCCAGUUUGCGAACUGACUUAUUGCAACACUCAUCCCCAUGCUGUUCAACCAGGAUUAACUAUCCAUCAGACAGGAACAUUUUAUGUUUGUGCCCAUGCUGUUUUUGAAUCUCUUAUUUUUUCUGUAAUCUAAUUACUGUAAUUCGUUGGCAGAAACUGUAACAGAUAUUAUCUUUUGUAAUCAGAUUAAUCCUAUUAGAUGUUACCUGUUAUUCGAGUACUUCUGAACAAUAUAUUUGGGUAAGGAGAUAGAGAUAAAGUUUUUAAAAGAGGAGGCUUGAAAAUGUGUAUCCCACUCUGUUUGCAGCGUUAUUGUUUUCACUUUGCAGAAAGGUAGAAUUAAAAAAAUAUAAUUCUACCUUCCCAGACAGUUCGCAUGAUUGCAUGAGUGUGUGUGUGUGUGUGUGUGUGUGUAUCACAGACUCGUUUGCGUGCUUUGCGGUGUUCUUACUCUCCCAUUUUUCUCUGCUGUUAGUCUUUUGUGAUGCCUGAAAUCAACUUCUCUAAUCCAGCCUGUGUGCUCUGCGGCCUUCAGGCUUCACUUCAAACAAUUCUGUGUGAAUUACCGGAUGUGAAGAUUGCCAUUUAUCUCGCCCGCUGUCUAUCUGAACACAUGUUUGAUUAGUGAAACCAUCCCAUGGCUGAAUACAUCGCCUGUAACUAGCUGAUAAAUCUCUGGAUUCAGCUCUAAAUGUUAAAUAUUGGCCAUUUGGAGGGCUUGGCAUCACCAUGUCUUUGGAGUAAAAAAAAAAAGUUGGGAGGUGUGUGUGUGUGUGGAUAUCGAAGGGGGUUAAAUGAUGUAUAUCUGAUUCAGCGGCACACUUCACACAUCACACACGCACACUUCUCUCCCUGGGGACUCCCUUCCCUCCCAUUUCUUCCGAGUCAGGGCCCUCCCUGCUUACUGAGUGAAUUACAACUGCAGAGAGGGUCAUCCGGGGUUGUGAAGGACUCAGCUAGAGAGAGAGAGAGAGAGAGAGAGAGAGAGAGACAUGUGUCACAUACUGUAGUGCACUCACAGUCUCCCUUUGAAGUUCCACUUCCUCUCUCUAAUCCUUUUUGCAAACACAACAUCCCUUUAACCUGGAGGCAGUAUGUGUGUGUGUGUAUAUGUGUGUGUGUGUGUAUGUGUGUGUGUGUGUAUAUGUGUGUGUGUGUGUGCUUUUUCUAGAUCUCAUUCAUCAGCUUUGGUCCUUGUGCGUAAUCGUUGUGUAACUGUGAUUGUUGUGAUUAUCUCUGUAUGUCCAUUAAAUGUAUCCAAGAAGAAGGGGGAAUAAAGUAUCAGGCAGAGAGAAAAAUAGAUGAUAAAUCAGAGGCCAAAUCAAUGAGCACGAGUCCUUGGGCAGAAAGCAAUAAACUCCAUUAACAAGGUGCAGCCACAUUAUCUAGGAGGGUCUGGAAAACAAAAAACAGGAUUAAUAUUGAUAUAGAAACGAAUUAUGUGUGUUUUUUUAGAGCUUUUAUUUUUCUAAGACUUUGCCCUUUUUGUGAGCUUGGUUGCUGUGUAUGUGCGUUACUUUGAGGUGGAGUCCCUUCACCACAUCUGCAAUGCAGCAGAAAACACAAAAAAGAGAGGGAGGAAGAGAGAGGCUCACGUGACAAAAAGAGUGACGCCGUGCUCGGACAGAUUUUCUCUCUCUGCCUCUUGUUUUUUUUUUCUUUAGCUGCUUUGUAAAAAAGUGCUUUUAUGUCGGAAUCGGCGGACCGAGCACCUAAUGUCACGUGCUGGAUAGUAGUAACCAACAUAUUAACUUAAAAAAUAGAAAAAUCAGGCUGUGUUUUCAAAAGCACACACCCACAGUCCCUGGACACAUCUGCAUUGCUCACACAGCACCCUGCACCAAGCCAGCGCAGAUGUGGCUAAAUGGGGUGACCUUUACAACAGAUCACGGAGGGACUUCACCUCUCACAAGUUAAUGCACCGACAAUGUUUUAGUGGUGACUUUACACUGUACUCUAUACUAAAAUGUCUUUAUUACCCACCUUUUCAAGUGUUUUCUUUUAAAAAAAAGAGUAUAGAUUGUGUUUUGACUAUUUCUCAGUGUAAGUACUGUGAGUUUCUGAUUCUGAGUAUUGGUUUCCUUUUUAAUGCCCUUUUAAUGAAUCUUUGUUGAUUUGUCCAUGCGUGUUUGUUGAUUCAACGUGUUUAUUUUGCCAUUUAAAUGUAUAUCUGUGUCUUUUAUCCCAUCACAUACGUGGGAUAUUGAACAACGGAGCUCAGUCUAUAAAGAGAGGAAAACUAUUUAUGUCAAGACUGUGGGGUCUCAAACCUCUUCCUCCUGAUCUCCCACAAUCCUCCAGCACUCACAUGUCAAUCAAAGUCCGACUGACUGACCUCUGACCUUCGAUCUGUUAACGGAGAUUUAAUUGGCUCGCCGACUGCUCAUUCACCGUCUGUCUCUCUCUCAAACACACAUACACACACACACGCAUCUUCCACCUGUGUGCGUGUGAUUCUGUGAUCGACCACUGAAGGAUUUUUUGAACGUUUGAUUCUUUUAUUUUUUGCUCCUCUUUGUACUGCAUGGACGAUCCAAGUUAUUGUGACAAAGUCUUCCGGAAAAGAUUUUAAGGAAAUCACCAUAAUCUUACUUUCCUUGUUGUCUUCCAAAUGCAAAAAGAGUGCUUCAGUCUUCCAGCUAUCAAAGCCACAAUGACAUUAUUUUUGUAUACAAAUGGGGCAAAAAAUAUAUCUAUAUAUCUCUAUAUAUAAAUAUAUCCAUGCAAAUGUGGUUCGGGUGCAAUAACUCCCCCUGUUGCUGGCAUGGUGGAACAACACAACUACUACACGCCAUCCAAACCCAUGGAUCACUUGGAGAAAAAGGACUACAGAGAGGCAAGGGACUUGUAGUUUGAAACUCCUGGGUUGAGGUAGAGGAUCACAGACAGGCGGGACUACAAGCAUGCAUGCGCCAAUCAUUUACUGGACACCUUCAAAGAAACAGUCUUUACCCAAUAUUUACUCUUUAACCCCUUUACCCCCCCCACAACACUCUAUUAUCCCAAACUCUUGUCUCUGCAUUUGCAAUAUGAUCUGUAUUUAUUUCUAUAAUAACUUACACAAAAUCAAGGGAGAUGUAUUAUUGGAUAUAAUUGAAUAAAACAAACUAAUAUAUUUGUAUGAUUGUAA